GCAUACUGAUAUAACUGGGUUUAGUGCGUAGAUUUGAUAGUGUUCGGUCUUCUAUGUAACGGACGGUUUGGCCAGCCAAGAUAGUCUAAAGUGAGAGAAAAACCAACUGGAUGAUGAGUUAUCAAAGACAGAAUAUGAAGUGUCUUAAAAUAUUGUCUAUAACCGUCGCGCUGUUGAUAGCGCACAGCUCUGCUAUUAUAAGAAUUCCCCUCCACAAGACGCGCAGUAUGCGCCGCCUGAUGAACGACAAUGGGAUGAGUUUUGAACAACUCCAGAACAUGGCCAAGACCGUUGGUGGUGCAGGAACUGACACACCAACACCCGUACCAGCAACCACUCAGAGCCCGAAAGUGCCAGUUGAGAGACUCACUAACUUCAUGGAUGCUCAGUAUUAUGGGGUGAUCAGCAUAGGCACACCACCCCAGGACUUUACUGUGCUGUUUGACACCGGCUCCUCCAACCUGUGGGUGCCCUCCAUUCACUGCUCCUUCCUGGAUGUUGCAUGCUGGCUCCACCAUCGUUAUAACUCCGAGAAGUCGAGCACGUAUGUUCAGAAUGGCACCAAAUUCUCCAUCCAGUAUGGCAGAGGCAGCUUGUCUGGGUUCAUCAGUGGGGACACUGUGUCUUUGGCUGGCAUGCAGGUCACUGGUCAACAGUUUGGUGAGGCCGUGAAGCAACCUGGCAUCACGUUUGCAGUGGCACGCUUUGACGGGGUGCUGGGCAUGGGCUACCCUACCAUAUCUGUCGAUAAGAUAACCCCUGUGUUUGACACCGCCAUGGCUGCCAAGCUGUUGCCUCAGAACAUAUUUUCCUUCUAUAUUAGCAGAGUUCCAUUUGCUGCUGUAGGAGGAGAGCUGAUGCUGGGAGGCACAGACCCACUGUACUACACUGGAGACCUGCACUAUGUCAAUGUCACACGCAAGGCCUAUUGGCAGAUUGAGAUGAGCAGUGUGGAAGUGGGAAACCAGCUGACGUUGUGCAAGGCCGGUUGCCAGGCGAUUGUUGACACGGGAACGUCCCUCAUCACCGGGCCUGCGGAGGAGGUCCGGGCGCUGCAUAAAGCCAUCGGAGCCUUGCCUCUACUGAUGGGAGAGUAUUGGAUUGACUGCAAGAAGGUUUCCUCUCUCCCCGUCAUCACAUUCAACCUGGGAGGGAAGAUGUUCAACUUGACUGGAGACGACUAUAUCAUAAUGGAUUCCCAGAUGGGUCAGAAAAUCUGUCUGUCAGGCUUCAUGGCCAUGAACAUCCCCCCUCCGGCUGGACCGCUGUGGAUCCUGGGAGAUGUGUUCAUUGGACGCUACUACAGCGUGUUUGAUAGAGACGCAGACCGCGUGGGGUUCGCCCCUGCCAAGUAGAGGGGAGAACCCACAAACAACCCCUAGCCACAUGUGGAGAUCUGAAAGGAUUUGAUGGGUAUUCGCAAUAUAGUGGUCCUACCAAACCAAGGUGCAAGGUGGAGCUAGUACCUAUCAAAUCCCCACAGAUCAUGCUGAAUUAUAGGAGGCACACCACCAAAAUGAACAAAACCCCCCCCAAAAGAAACUUGUCUUAGCCUAUUUUGCUUUUUUUUAGGG